UGCACACAAACCCAGCGCUAUCGAGAAAGAGAAUUAGGUAGCCACAACGACGAUGGCAUUCACAGAGGAGAGUAGCCAGGACUUGCUCCAAGCUCACGACGAGCUCUGGCAUCAGUCCGUGAGCUACCUGAAAUCGCUCGCGCUCACCGUGGCCCUGGACCUCCGCAUCCCAGACGCGAUCCACCACCACGGCGGCGGCGCCACCCUCCUACAGAUCCUCGACAAGACAGCGCUCCACCAAUCUAAGCUUCGCGCCCUACGCCGCCUCAUGCGCGUGCUCACUGUCUCGGGCACCUUCAGCGUCGUCCAGCAACCACCAUGUGGUGACGAUGAUUCAACUGUCUACAGGCUCACGGCAGCCUCCCGCUUCCUCGUCAGCGAGGAGGUGAGCUCGGCGACCUUGGCUCCCUUUAUGAGCGUGGUGCUCCAUCCCAUCAGCCAGUCCUCCCACGCCAGGGGCAUCUGCGCGUGGUUCCGGCAGGAGCACCACGACCCGUCCGCGUUUGGCCUGGCGUUCGGCCAAGCCCCAACCAUCUGGGAACACGCUGACGACACGAACGCCAUACUGAACAAAGGGCUUGCUGCCCAGAGCCGCUUCCUGGUGCCAGUCAUGCUCAGGGAGUGCGGUGAGGCGGUGUUUCGUGGGAUCGACUCGUUGGUCGACGUUGGCGGUGGGCAUGGUGGCGCCGCCACCGCCAUCGCCGCUGCCUUCCCGCACCUCAAGUGCAGCGUGCUUGACCUCCCGCACGUCGUCGCCGGGGCUCCAUCCGAUGGCAACGUGCAGUUCGUCGCAGGCGACAUGUUUCAGAGUAUUCCGCCGGCAACCGCUGUUUUCCUCAAGACGGCUUUACACGACUGGGGUGACGAUGAGUGUGUCAAAAUAUUGAAGAAUUGCAGGCAAGCCAUAUCUCCAUGCGAUGAAGGAGGGAAGGUAAUAAUCAUGGACAUGGUAGUUGGAUAUGAUGAGUCAAAUACAAAACGUCUAGAGGUACAAAUUUUGUUUGAUUUGUUUAUCAUGAUGGUCAAUGGGGCUGAGCGCGACGAGCAAGAGUGGAAGAAGAUUUUCAUCCAAGCUGGAUUUAAAGACUACAAAAUUCUACCCGUUGUUGGCUCCCUGUCAGUCAUCGAGGUCUAUCCAUAAAUAUUUGGUGUGAACAAAGGACGCCAAAACCUGAAGACCGUGCAUGUUUGUGCUGAUGUUAAUUAUUACUAUGGUCCGAUCGAAAAUUGGUCUUUACUUUGUGAGCUUGUAAUAAGCUGAUGAGUAACUUGCUUGUUUCCUUAGCGUGAGGUAUUGUGGUGCUAAUUACAUGUGGUAUGAAAAUAUAUUAUAUAAUAUAUAUAUCACAAUAGUAAAUUGGCGAAC